UUGAAUUCAAAGGCAACGUAUCAUCAUGCGAGCAGUGCAUUUGCUGCUAUUCUUCUCCUUUAUUGGAGCCGCAUUUGCGUUUGGAGACGAGGCCAUUUUUGAGGAUGAAGACAUUUACAAUCAGGCGCUGCCUCCGGUCGCGCACACAGGCAUUACAGCGCCCGGCACCAAGUGGUGUGGACCGGGAAAUACGGCGGCCAACUACGAUGAUCUGGGACGGGAGCGUGAAACGGAUAAAUGUUGUCGUGCUCAUGAUCACUGCGAGGAGAUUAUCGAAUCGCACAGCUCGCUUCAUGGCCUACCCAACAACACCGACUGGUUUCCCAUACUAAAGUGCAGCUGCGAACAGCAGUUCAUUAACUGCCUGCAGGCCGUAAACAGCAUGACAUCGAACACCUUGGGUCGCAUCUACUAUACCACGCGGAGCAGGUGUUUCGCCCAAGGCUACCCCACCACCGGAUGCAAGGAGUACCAGCUGGGCACAAUACGCAGGCGAUGCAUUCGGUACACUGUGAACAAGAGAGCGGCCAAGCUGUGGCAAUUCUAUGACAUGCCAUUCUAUUCGAUUGCGGCAACAAAGAAAUCUUGACCCUGAGAGCUUUAAUCG